UUCAAAGAUAAUCAAAAAGGAGAAAAAGAAUAGAAACCCUAAAAAAAACUUGGUUGGGGGCUAGGUUAUGGGCCCUCCAUCUCGUCUAAAUAACAAUAAUUAAUUCCCCCACCCCAACAAAACCUUAGUGGAAAAGACCCAAGUUGCAUAUUUUAUUGUCUCCUCAUACUCUAUCAUUAUUAUUCACAUAUAUACAUUCAUAAAUACUUACAUAGGCCUGCAGAUUUCAUUUACAUACAUAAUACUUCUCCACUAUCACCACAAACAACACUCACAAAGAAAAGAAAGAAAAAGAGAUGGCUGAAGAAUGCACCCAACAAAUCCCCUUAGGGGCUGCAACUUCCUCCAUGCCAAACUGGUGGCCGGAUCUUCAUGCCAGCUCCCUAUCUUCUUGGGGUAGCUGCAACACUAACUCUGCCGCCAACAACCACCAGCUGUCUGGCGGCUGUGAGGAAGACGUCUCAAUCUCCACCUCCAACUUCACCAACGCUUCAAACCACUCCGGCGGUGGAGGAGGAGGAGGUCUCAGCAGCGUCGACUCUUCUCGACAUGACCAUCUCAUCGGUGACUCCUCUUCCGAUCACACUAAUCUUUGGAGACACCUCUUGUUAAAUAGUGGAAGCAGCCUAGAGCUAAACAACUCACAUGGUCUCGGCGAUAACAUGUCAAAUACCAUGUCAUCCAAGUGCUCAACAAAUGGAAUGUUUGAACCUGUCUCCAACUAUUUAAAAAAGAUAGAAACAAACUGGGACUACACUCAUGAACAUAAUCACUUCGCGAAUCAAACUCAUUUGAAUAUCAACGGGAGCGAACGCCUAUCGAAUCUCUCGAAUUUAGUCAACAACUGGUCUAUUGCACCUCCCACCACCCCUUCCGAAACUAUGAACAUCAAUCUUUGCCACAUGAAGCAACCAAUUAAUAUUAAUAGCAAAAAUUUAUUUGGUUCCUUUUUGCCUUAUGGGCACCACGAUGAUAUCAAAAUGGUGAACGACGGUUUGCAUCGCCAACAAUUCGAUUGUAAUAGAGUUGUUGAGUAUGGUCAACAAAUGGGAAGUUAUGAUCAUAAUGAACCUCAUCAUGUGGUGGAAGAUAUAAAAGGUAAAUAUGGUUAUCAUGGAAUGACAGAUCUACCGGUUGGAAGUUUUACAGAUGCAAUAUCUUAUGGUAGCACUACUACUGCUUUAUGUAAACCUACCCACAAAGCAUCAAACUUCUCCACUAGUAGUAAUAGGAAGAAUGGACUCAGAUCUUCUAAUUUAUCAUAUGAUUCAUCAACGAGGUCAAGUAGCCACUCACAGGGCAGCAGAGGUGGCGGCGGUGCAAGAGGUGGACAUGGGAUCCCUAAUGAAGGGAAGAAAAAAAGAAAUGAAGAGAAUCCGGAGACUAAUAACACCAAGAAGCCUAAGAAUGAGAAUUCUACCGUCUCACCCACAAAGGUUCCAAAAGUGAAGCUUACAGACAAAGUAACAGCACUACAACAAAUUGUAUCCCCAUUUGGAAAGACAGAUACUGCUUCAGUGCUGUGGGAGGCUAUUGGAUAUAUAAAGUUCUUGCAAGAACAAGUUCAGCUAUUGAGCAAUCCAUACAUGAAGACAAAUAUAAACAAGGAUCAAUGGGGAAGCAUGGAGAGGAAAGAUAGAGGAGAUUUAGAGAGUAGGGGACUAUGCUUGGUACCUCUUUCAUGUACACCACAAGUUUACCGUGAAACUUCUGGGUCUGUCGAUUAUUGGACGCCUACUUACCGUGGCUGCUUGUAUAGAUAAUCUAUGGACAUAUGGUCAUCAUCUAUUAACUACUUGUACUAAUUACUACUUUGUGUAAGUUUGUGACAGUACCUAGGUAGGUAGAUCGAUGUUUCAUAAGUUUCUAAGCAAUAAAAAGAAGAUAUAGCUAGCUUCUUGAUCUUGUAGAUUGAAUGUUUAGAGAUUAUAAUGAAAUAAUGUAUUUAUUGUGUUAUA